AUGUCUACUCUUCCUGAUCCCCCGAACCCCUCCAUGGACAACGAAACCCACCGAAACGGCGCCGUCGAGUCCAACCACCUCAUCGCCAAGAAACCCAAGCUCUCGCACCCCAUUUCCGACUCCGAGAUCCGCGAAGAAUUUUCCCACCAUCAACGCGGCGUCGCCAGGAUCAACAACGGCAGCUUCGGCAGCUGCCCGCGCUCCGUCCUCGCCGCGCAGUCCGGAUGCCAGCUCCGCUUCCUCCAGCAGCCCGACGACUUCUUCUUUAACGUGCUUCGCGGCGGCAUCCGAGAAUCACGAGCCGCCGUCGCAGACCUCAUCAAUGCCGCCCACGUCGACCACGUCUCCCUCGUCGACAACGCCACCACUGCCGCCGCCAUCGUCCUCCAGCAGAUUGGCCGCCGCUUUGUCCGCGGCCAUUUUCGCCCAGACGACUCCGUCAUAAUGUUCCAGUGCGCCUACCAGGCCGUGAAGAAGUCUAUCGAAGCCUACGUGACUCCGAUCGGCGGCACCAUCAUCGAGGUCCAGCUCCCCUUCCCGGUCCGUUCCGACGAGGAAAUCGUAACCGAGUUCAAGAAAGGCCUCGAGAAAGGUAAACUCAACGGCGGAAGAGUUAGGUUAGCGAUAAUCGAUCACAUAACGUCGAUGCCUUCGGUGGUUCUCCCCGUUCGCCAGUUGAUUAAGGUUUGCAGAGAGCAAGGAGUGGAACAGGUUUUCGUGGACGGCGCUCACGCCAUUGGAAGCUUGCCCGUGGACGUGAAGGAAAUUGGGGCUGAUUUUUACGUCAGCAAUUUGUACAAGUGGUUUUUCUCUCCGCCUUCGGUGGCGUUUUUGUAUUGUAAAGAUAAUUCAAACGACGUGCAUCACCCUGUCGUUUCGCAGGAGUACGGGAAGGGGUUGCCGAUUGAGAGUGCAUGGGUUGGGAUGCGGGACUAUAGCCCCCAACUUGUUGUGCCGUCGAUUUUGGAGUUCGUAAAUCGGUUUGAGGGUGGGAUUGAGGGGAUCAUGCAGAGGAACCAUGAUGCGGUAGUGAAAAUGGGGACCAUGUUGGCAGAGUCUUGGGGAACUGUUCUAGGGUCGCCUCCUGAGAUGUGCGCUAGCAUGAUUAUGGUGGGGUUGCCUUCUAAGCUUUGUGUGAUAAGUGAUGAUGAUGCCUUGAGGUUAAGGUCGUACCUAAGGGUCUAUCAUGCAAUUGAAGUUCCUGUAUAUUACCAGGCUAUGAGGAACGAUGAUAGGGAUCCCAGGGACAAGGAUGGGUUUAUAACUGGGUAUGUCCGGAUAUCUCAUCAAGUUUAUAAUAGUGCUGAUGAUUAUCAGAGGCUUAAGACUGCGAUUAAUCAGCUUUUGGAGGAUGGGAAAAUUUGCAGCGGGCUUCCUACGGAGUGA